UGUAGGUGGCCGCAGAGGAACAAGGAAGAGGAAAAUAAGAAGACGACGAGGGAAGUUGACACUGUGUGUUUUGUCGAUUUCCAUUCUUUCUCGCGCUUAUGUGCGUCUUGGAGAAUAUUCUUCCCAGCUGAAUACAGCAGCGGCGUUGCUGGCCUGGAGCCGCGGGUUUAAAGGAUGGCCGAUGGCGCAUGAGUGCAGCACGCGCCACAUACUAAUCGAAAGGGAAACUGCGCGAGCGGUCUCUAACCGGAAGAGAUUUUUGUGAUUAAUUUCUGUUCUGUUUUUAUAAACGUGCGCUUUUUUGGGUCGGACAGAAGCUGCUGAGUUGUUUUGCUCCAGCAGCGCGAGAUAAGUGGACUCUGGUUAAUGAAGAGGAGGAGACGGAGGAUGGGUCAGUCAGCGAGUAGCGCAGAUGGACAGGGUUGUUCUGGUCUGCCUGUUGCCGUCAUCGAGGAGAUCAUCCUGAACCUGCCCGCUGAGCAGGCUCUGUGUGUGUGCCGCCUGGUGUGUCGCGAGUGGAAGGCUGUGGUGGACAGCGCUUCAUUCUGGAGAGAGAAGUGCCGUCGAGAGGGACUGAAACCCCGCACCACUGACAGAAAAACCAGAGACUGGCAGGUCUUCUACUGGCUCUCUAAAAAACGGAGGAACCUUCUGAGGAACCCCAAAGCCGAAGAGAAUUAUAGAGGCUGGGACAUCAUAGAAAAUGGAGGUGACAAGUGGCAUAUAGAAGGAAUGUUUGUGCCUCAUCCGGAUGAAACAGUAACAAAAUGCUUUGUUACCUCUUAUUUCCCAUGUAUGAAGAGGCAGCUGAUCAACUUGCAAAAAGAGGGAUACAGUCUGGCACUCCUUGAUGAAAUGCAACCUGACAUCAUCAUAUCAGAUUGGUAUGCUCCGAGGUGGGACUGUGGCAGCAAAUAUGAGAUCUGCGUAGAAUUGCUCAAUCACAAGAAGGCGGCGAUUCAAACCUUCCGACCUGAGCCAGUCACCUUUCCACAGUGGAAUGAUCAGCAGUGGAACCAGAUGACUCAUGUCUUCAGUGACUAUGGACCAGGAGUUCGCUAUGUCCGGUUCACUCAUGGUGGGAAAGACACACAGUUCUGGGCUGGCUGGUAUGGAAUUCGAGUCACUAACAGCAGUGUGGAAAUCUACCCAGCAGAAGAAGCGUAGUGUGCCCUCUCGCUUCUUUAUUCAGCACAUGAAUAGCAAAUUCCUUCCCAUGAGAUGUUUGUGCCUUCAUGCAGCCGGCCAUUUCAUUAUACUGUAGAUGGAGGAAGCCAAAAUAUUACUAGUUUAUGAUAAUAAUAAUGAUGAUGAUGAUAAUAAUAAUAAUAAUAAUAAUAAUAAUAAUAAUUCUUAUUUCUAUAGUUAUUAUAUCUGUAUUAUUAUUAUUAUUAUUAUUAUUAUUAUUAUUAUUAUUAUUAUUAUUAUUAUUAUUCCACUCCUGUUAAUAGCAGAUACAGUAUCUCUUGUGUACUUGUAGUUAGUCCAUUCAUGUCUUGAUCAGAAUACUGACUACUCCUUUGUUUAUGUUCUUAUUUAUGUAUGUAUUGCAUUGGAAAUGUUUUACUAUUCAAUAAUAAAGCUAAAUCCUAAAA